AUGUCUUCGCCAGAAAAUAGGCCGAAGGGUAUACCGUCAAGCAGGAUAUCAGGUUUAAUCAAUCGUUUUAACGACGUGCCAACAGGAAGUGAUGGAAAACCAACUAAGGAUUUGGAGAAGAAAAAACCUAAGCCCAAACCAAAACCACCCAUUCGAGCAAUAGAAAAUGGGAAAUUGUUGAAUGAAACGUUUGUAACCUACCCUGAAACGGAGAUACGGAUAUUACGAUGUUUUGUAGGCGAUCUGCUUCGUCAGCUUCAACAAGAGAGAAGUGAGAUGGCAACCCCGAUUCAACAACGUAAACAAGAAAAAACUGAAAUGGCCAACGAAAUUGAGAAACUUCAACACGAGAAGAGUGAGAUGGCAAACCAGAUUCAACAACUUGAUAAAGAGAAAGCUGAUAUGGCUAUCGAAAUUGAGCAACUUCGAGAAGAGAGAAGUGAGAUGGCAACUCAGAGUCAACAACUUAGUCAAGAGAAAACUCAAAAGAAGAACAAAUUUGAGCAACUUCAACAAGAAAAUAAAGGGAUGGGAGCCCAGAUUCAACAACUUAGUGAAGAGAAAACUGAGAUGGCCAACGAAAUUGAGAAACUUCGAAAAGAAGACGCUUUCAAGGAAAAACAGAUUCGCCAAAACAAGGAAGAAAUUGAUGGAAUGAGGUUUCGAAUUCAGAAAAUCCAGGACGAGUCUAAGAAACUGAAAGAAGAAAACGACACCAUGAAAAUUGAAAUUCAACAACUUCAACAUAGCAAAACGUCAAGCUUUGUAACAGAAAGUGGGACAGUAAUAGUUUCAACUGGUGUUGAAUUAGGAAGAGGUGCUUAUGGAGCGGUGUACAAAGGAAAUUACCACGGAACAGAAGUGGCAGUUAAGGAAUUUUAUGAAAUUCUUAUAUCUCCGCAUAAUAUGAAAUUGCUUGAACGAGAAAUUAACAUCGCAGCACUAUGUCGUCAUCCCAAUUUACUGCAAUUCCUAUGCGCAACGAAAACUGGUAAUAAUCGAUUGUUAAUCGUGACAGAGCUGAUGGACACUUCUUUGCGCUCAUUACUCGAGGAACAAACAAGAAAAAAAUCGCGGUUCAAUUAUCAGCAGAUUAAAUUAAUUUCCUUGGAUGUCGCACGUGGUCUAAACUAUCUUCAUUCAAAGGAGCCAAGCCCAAUAAUUCACCGUGAUGUCAGCAGUGCCAACGUGUUGUUAAUGAUCGAGAACCACGCAGUAAGAAAAGCCAAGAUAUCAGAUUAUGGUUCAGCUAAUUUUAUGGAAGCGUGCAAUACAAAAUGCCCAGGAGCAGCCGCUUACUCCCCACCUGACGUCGAACAAGGUCAACAUAGCCCAAAGAUUGAUGUAUUCUCUUAUGGUUUACUGGUGAGCGAGAUGUAUACUCGUGAGCUUCCCUCUCCACGCGAAAUAAAUAAAAAAUUACGGAGAAUUAAGGAUGCUGAUAUCAGAGAUCUUGUAAAACAGUGCACAUCUCUGGAUCCAAAGCAAAGACCAACAAUGCAACAAGUAAUUGAAUAUUUACAACAGUGA